AUGGCAUCUGCUACAGCUACCACAAUCGCACCACCUCUGUCCCUGGAAGAGGUCCUGCACGUAUACCUACUGUGCUUCGAUGCCGCCGCUGACGCCUUCCCACAAGCACCCGCCGCGUAUGCGCUGCCGUAUCACCACCCCUCUGUCCCAGUCAAGAUCUGGAAGAUUUGGUCAACAGAAGACCUGAAAACCAAGCCGCCUAAACACCUCGACCGCUUCACCUUCCUACCGCCAGGGCUGAACGACGCGCUCGCGCGCAAAGACAUGUGCGACUGGUUUUGCCUGCUCCUAGAAGAAGAGGUGAGCAAGAAGAUGGGGGAGUUAUUUUAUGGACGUGCGCGGUGGUUGAUGUAUUGGCCAAAGAUCGACUUCUUGUUGGCUUGGCGUGGUGGUAUGAAUCAGCUCACGGUGCCAAUGCAUUCCGUACUUCUCAUCGAGACAGGCGAUGGCAGAGAAAUGAUCAUGGAUGGCACUUUGAGGCAGUAUCUUUGGGAGUCAUCAACUUGGCUUGAGACGUGGGAAGAGUGUUCCGCCAGACGUGUGGACAGACAAGACAAGCGUGAGGACUGGAUGUUCCCUCAAGAGGAAAUUAAGUACGGGGCGGGGCAUGCCGCAGCGCGUGUGGCAGGUGGGUUCUGGGCCGCAGCCUUCUGGAGGUUGACGCACUUGUUCAAAGACUUGGACUGGGAGGAAUUGAGGAGUUUGAGAACAGUCGAGCGCAUUGAACACGUCAAGAGGAUGGCCGGAGAAAGGUUCGCCGAUCUCCACGAAGAGGCCCUCAGGUUUGGAUGA